UUGUGCCUGUCGAAGAUGGCUCCAUCACCUACAAAACGAAGGGAGCGGUCAGAAGAUAAAACUAGAGCGGGCAAAGAUAAAGCUGUGGUAAAGGAAGGUGCUGAGAAAGAGAGAGGCCGAGACAAAAACCGCAAGCGACGCAGUAAUUCCACUGGGAGCAGCAGCAGCAGGUCCAGGUCCAGUUCCAGCUCCAGCAGCAGUUCUGGUUCCAGUUCAGGUUCCUCCAGUGGCUCCAGCUCCUCAUCAGGCACUAGUCGCUCUGGCUCUUCAAGCUCAUCACGGUCCUCCAGCUCCUCUGGCUCCUCAGCUUCACCUAGCCCAAGCCGACGUCGUCACGACAAUCGGAGGCGGUCUCGUUCAAAGUCUAAGUCUCAGAAGAGAGUUGAUGAAAAAGAAAGGAAAAGAAGAAGCCCUAGCCCUAAGCCCACCAAGCUUCAUGUUGGAAGACUGACUAGGAAUGUGACCAAGGAUCACAUUCAGGAGAUCUUCUCUACAUAUGGGAAGAUCAAAAUGAUUGACAUGCCAACAGACCGAUGUCAUCCCAACUUGUCCAGAGGCUAUGCGUAUGUCGAGUAUGAAACUUCAGAGGAUGCCCAGAAGGCCCUGAAACACAUGGAUGGAGGUCAAAUAGAUGGUCAAGAAAUCACAGCAACAGCUGUCUUGGCACAGAGGAUGCGACCUGCCCCUCGCAGGCUGUCUCCUCCACGUAGGAUGCCUCCUCCUCCUCCCAUGUGGCGCCGUACUCCACCUCGUAUGAGAAGAAGGUCUCGGUCCCCACGUCGCCGCUCCCCUGUUAGAAGACGGUCUCGCUCAAGAUCUCCAGGUCGCAGACGCCAUCGCUCACGCUCAAGCUCUAAUUCUUCAAGAUAGAAAACUUCUCCCCAAGAUCUGUGAAAGCUUGUAGUUUAGUGUCUUACCUUAGUUUGUUUAAAGCAACAAUUAAGACACUUCAGUCUGAAUGGGCAGAAUCUACAAAAUUUGAUCUGAGUAAAUCCAGAUAUUAAAGUAAUGCAGAUAUUUUUUUUUUUUUUGCUUCAGAAUUUGGCCUGUAUGCAAAUUUCCUGCCAUUACAUUGUGUUCAGUUGAGUGAAUUUGUUAAUCAAUUUUACCCUUUAUUCAUUGUGUGUUGUGCAUAUGGAAAAUGUUGCGUUCUUACUUGCCGUAUGCAGCUAGUGCCAGCAUACAAGUUAUUUCUCUUUUCUUUUUUUAAGUAGUUUUAAGGUUACUGGAAGCUGAUUACAUGUCUGUAUUGAUUAAAAUUCCAGUGUGUAUUGAUUAAA